UUCGAUUGACCAGACCCUAAUAAUGGAUUGACAGGUAUUCAAGCAACUCCCAAAGAAAAAAGAAAUUUAAUUAGAAGGAGCAUGCAAUCAUUCAGGAAAUAGAUAAGAUUCAGUGAUAUAAUUUUAGUAAUGAGUUAUCUAAUGAAUUCGUGUAUAAAUAUAAAAUAUCCAUUGCUUGAAUCUUACAAGGUAACAUAUAGAUGCAUUUAGGCCAAUUUAUAUUGACUAUUAUUGCUGUUGUUAGUUGUUAUUCAGUUAUUGAUAAAUGCAGCCCCACUCAGACUCAGUGUCAGACUAAAAAAAUGGUUGAAAAGAUACCAAAAUUACAAUGCACCAAGUUAUAGUACCUGGCUGUACCAUAAAAGAUCAAAUCUCUAGAUGAAUUAUUAACUGAAUAUAGAACUGUCAACUACACAACUACAUGUAGGUAAACCUGACACGAUCCUAGGAAUAUCAAGCUCUCUAUUGACUCUAUAAUCCAGUAACAAAUAGCCUGUUACUUAUAGUAAGUAGGUGUUUAGGUAUUUAGGCACAACGACACCAUCAAACUUAGCUGCAAGUUACUUGUGGCGUCUUCUCUUGUCCGAGACAAGACGGAAGAUAUCAAUAGUGGAACCAUAGUCCAGGUCCAGACAAUGGCACAGUGAGCAAUUAUAUUUUAUUAUUAAAGAAGUUCUUAAGUUCAUGAUGUCAUCAGAUAGAAGUUGGAGGUGGACUGAUGCACAUUAUUGUGGUUUAACAUCACAAACUAACAUUUAUGGUAUGACUAGAAUAUCGAAUGUGAAUGGAACUAAUCGUCUGUUGGUCGCUUCCUUGAAGGGAGAUGUUGUCUCUGUUGAGUAUAAAAAGAUACAAAAUAAACUAAAGCCAUGUUCAAGAGCAGUGCAAUUUACUUAUAUACCAGCGGAUGCAGAGAUAGUAUCUAUUGAUAUUAUGAAUAAAUGUGAUCCUGGUUCAGGCUUAGUUGUUGGAAUAACUUUUAUUAGGCUUCAAGGUGGUGACAAUAAACCAACUGGUCAGUUUUUGAAUCUGUAUUUUUCUUUCGAAGAAAGUAGUGAAGAGGUUAAACAAGAUAUAAUGGCCAAAACUAUAGAGUUGUCAUUUGUUCCAUACCAAUUAACACACACUUUGUUGGUACACAAUAAUGACAACAAAGAAUCCAUAUUCCUGUUGUGUGGUAGUGAUAAUAAAAUUCAUAUGUACAAAGAUGAAGCAGACAAUAAUUUUUUAGAAGAAAACCCUGAUGAAUAUUUUCCAGAAUUUAAGGAUUGUGAUAGCAGUACACUACGACUUGUAAUUAAAUAUACAGAUAAUUACACCAAAAGAUUAACGGCUAUGGGCUUCCAAAGUGGAACAGUUAAAUUUUCUUUGGUUGAUGUACAAAAAAAUGUUAUAUUAAAAAGUUGGUGUUCUACACAUGGGAACCCUAUUACUUCUAUAGUUAUAUUUAAUCCACAAAAUCAAGUUCCAUGUCCAUCUUUUAUAGAGUCCUCACAAGAAAAUGGUGGCAUAGACGAAGAACGCACAUUAAUAUAUCAUUUAUUAGUUACAAGUGCUCUUAUGCCUGCUGUUGUUUAUAGGAAUGUUUUAGUCGAAGGAUUAGAAGAUUGUUUAACACUACCUAACAGUGAGAAAUAUGAUUCACCAUUAUGUUCUUGUGUUGUUGAUAUAGAUUUUGAUGGUCAAAAUGAGAUCUUAAUUGGUACAUACGGUCAGGAAUUGUUGGCCUAUAAAUAUACUCAACAAGAUGCCGGUUCAACGUUAAAACAAACAGAAGACAUUAUACCUGACAUUAAAAAACGAUUGAAAUUUAAAACAUUGAACGAGGAAAGUGAGACUUUAAAUUUGAAGAAAUUAAAAAGUUCAUUGGAAAGUGUUGCAAGUUGUGCUAGUCGGAAUCAAUCAAAUGAAAGUUCUCCUGAUAGAAACUAUAAAAAAGAAGGUUUUGAGUUAUUGUGGACGAGAAGUUUUGCUUAUCCUGUAGUUGGAGUUGAUAGUAUAGAUAUUAUGGGGGAUGGUAUGGAAGAUUUAGCAGUAGUAACAUUAAAGGGCUUGCACAUAUUACAGCCUGAUUUAAGUGAAGUAGCUAAGGUCUGUUUAGAAAGAUUACGUAUAUUGGCCGAUACUGGAUCAGAGGUGGAUGAUGCUUACCUGGAACUACAGAAUGAAAGUUUAGAAGGAGAGAUAUGAAAUAUUUCAAAUUAAAAUAUUUAUCUAAUAAAA